ACGCUUGCUCAGAAUUAGAGCUUUCAUAGAGUUUUGCUCAUUAUAAAUAGAAAUUCUUCCAAAAUGUGUGAUAGUUGGUGGAAAAUUGUGUCUAGCCGAUUUUCAAAGUUGUUAAUUUUCAAACGAAGGCACACUCUACAACAAAAAGAACCUCUAACUUUGCUCAAAUUGCCGAUGGAUAUCGUAAACUUGGUUUUUGAGAAGAUGGAGCCUAAGGAAUUACUGAAGUUGCGAAAAGUCUGCACAACUUUGAAAACCGCUGUCGACAAAUUCGGAAUUCAUUUCAAUUCAAUUCACUUCGAGUUGGAUGUCAAAGGUUUCACAUUGAGCCUGGACGACGGGUGCUUCAUUUAUAUCGGAGACGUUGAUGGUGGCGCGGCUGUAGAUCACUGUCAUCGAAGAAUUCAAUUCGAUGGGGAAAACUUUGUGGAUAUCGGAUUUAAAGAUUUGAAGAUGUUACUGAAAAGUGUAUCAUUGUUGAAAAUUCAUUCCAAAAGCAACUGCAUGAUUAAAUCUUUGAUCGACGCUUUGAAACCAGAAGCCAGAAAUCCGGCGGAAUUUCUGAAAGUUGAAUCAAUAGAACUUCGGAAUUUUUUAUUCGAAGAUAUCGUCGCUUUUCUAUCAUAUUUUGACACUCAUACACUAAAAUGUAUUAAAUUGGGUAAACAUAUCCAGCAGAUAAAACAAUUCCAACAAAUAGCCGUGUUGGAUCAAUGGAAAAACGCUGAAAAUUUCCAAAUAGAGAUUGGGAGUUUAAAUUGUAUCAGUGAAAUUAUGGAUCACAUCUGUCAUUUUGAAUGUUUCCAUAUUAAUAUAAAAUCCGAGUUUCCAAGACAAGUUGCUGUUAGAAUGAGAGAUGAUCUCAUGUCAAGAAAAACAUUCCAACACUGCACCAUAGCAGUUGACGAAUUUAACAUGAACCCAAUCGAAAUUGCAAGAGUAUUCAAGCCGGACUACGCUGGUGACGAUAAAUACAAAAUUGAAUAUUCAAACGACAACUGCAAAUUCGAGGUGGCUUCAGUGAUAUCAGACAAAGCUCCUAAUUAUCCUCUUAAUUUUUCUGUGAGGAGAUUGCAAAAAUCAUGUACUCAUUGAUUUUUUUUUUUUUUUUCACAAUUUUUCUUGUUAAUACAGUUUAAAUUUUUUUUUCAGAUAACUCGUUGAGUUUGCUCUUUUUUAAUUUUUUUAAAAAUAUUUUGCCCACAAAAUCAAACAUUUCUUAUUCCAAAAAUCACAAUUUCGUUUUUUAUUGCAAAAAAAUUAGUUCUUCGGCCCCUUAUCACUGAUAAAAUUCGCCUAACUGGUUUUUCAUCUAUUAUUUUUAUAUUUCCGAUAAACUUGUGAUUUGA